AUGGGCAAACCACCCAAGGGGGCAAGUGACAACCAAGAACUCGACAAAGGAAACUUUUUGUUGAGAGGUAAGUAUCUUUCACUGCCAAAACGCAAAAAGAAACAAAAUCAAGAUGCUGAUAAACGGUUUCUGACAAUACAUACUACAAUAAUGUAAACUCUCCUGGGUAUUUUUGACUGCAAUUAAAAGGUAAACAAAGGAAGCUAGGGGUGCACAAGAUUCUUGUACUUUUUCGCGUUCAACAUAUCGAUUCAUAAGGAUAUAAACAGAGUACAUGCAAACAAAAAUAUUUAAAAUGGAAGGUAUAUAAAGGCCGUUUCCAACAAGGAGGAAUAUUCCGCGCGGAGCGGAAUUUUUCUUUGUCUUGUGAUUUCUCGGGUGGAACUAAUUAGAAAAGACAAAGAGAAAUUCCGCUCGGCCUAUUUCCAAUGGCCUAUUUCCAAUGUUGAAAAUGCAUCGCUUAUGAUGUCCAAAUAUCGUGCAGAACCAUAUACUACGGUAUGUUGCAAUCUGCAUCAUACACCGAUUUCAGACCAUUGUCGAUGGACAAUUUCAAUCCCACCAAUGCUUUUUAAUGAUGAAAUUACAAACGCCAAGGCCCUCUUGUUGACAUCGCUGAUUAAGCGACUUUUGGGCAUCACAAACAACUGGAUAAUUGUGCUCGUUCUAUCUUUCCAAAUCCUAUUGGGAACACGGCAAAUACGUCAAUACGCUCGUUCCCCGGCGGGCAAGCCGCUCGACAUGUAGCUUUACUUCUGUGACGGCCACAGGCGCCCUGAAGAGGCUGUUGCACAGUGUAGACAUGCGAUGAUCAGUUCAUGAGCCGGAUCGAUUCCAAGGUGCGGCAAACGGGUCAAGUAAAGUUUUUUUCUUCUGGUAUUGAUUGUCACUCGGACUAGCGCCUAAUAUCAUUGUGUGGUUUCAAUUUACAAAUGCUUUGGUCUUGGACAAUAAAAAUAAAUCCAUCAUCCGUCUGUCUGUCUGUCUGUCUUAUUUUUCAUUGUUAAUUUCUUUAUAUAUCCGCAUGUUUUUUUUGUUUAGAUCAGUGUGCUGCGACGUCGAACUCUGAAUUCAAAGAUUUUAACGAUGUUCUUUUGCUGACAGUCGACGACACGGAGUUUAGUGAAGCUCAAAAAAUAUUAGACAACGUUGAAGUACCAAGCAAGAAAGACGAAAGUGACAAAAACUGUUGCUUUGGAGAAAUAGGCAGAAAUAAAGUGACACUCUUGAAAGUUCCACACUUCGGCCAGACCGGCGCUUCGUCAGGUCAUGACGUUCUGGUUUAUGAAACAAUCCAAGAACUUAAACCGAAAGCUAUUGUUAGUCUAGGAGUUUGCCAUGGUGUAAAGAAAGAAGCACAUUUCCUUGGUGAUGUCGUAGUGUCAUCACAAGUUUACUUUCUUAAAAAACAAGACGACGGUUUGUCGAAUUUUGAUCGUACAACGUAUGACUGCAAUUUGGGAUUGGUGCGUUUGUUCGACCGUGGGAAAUUUGCGUGGGUUGGUCCAUGUGAAAAUGUUGUAGUUCCAAAAGUCCAUGUUGGUCAGUUUACGACAGGUUUACAAGAUGGCGACGACAAAAAGAGGGAUUCACACCAAGCGGGAACCAUUGGAAUUGACACGGCGUCCAAAAGUAAGUAUACUACUAAUGCGAACGAUAGAAAUAAUUUUCUCGUAAAACAGGAAAAAUAA